CGGGUGGAGCUACCACGCUCAACGGACACCGCACAUGCCGAGACGACGGCUGCGCGAGGGCAUAGCCGUCCCGUGAAAGCACUGCUCGUCUCGCCAGAUAGCAGAUGGGUUGCUAGCGCCGCUUCAGACGGAGCCAUCAUCCUCUGGGAUGCCCGCCGGCAGGUUCUCUCGCGGGAGUGGUCCGCUGUCGGAAAGGUGGAGCACUUCGUGUCUCUCGCCUUCUCUCAAGACAGUCGUUGUCUCGCAUCAGCUGGAGACCACGAACUUGUCGUGUGGUCGAUCAAGGGCGGCGGAGAGGUCGACAGAUUGCACGCCCUCCGGAUGGAGGGCACAACCAUCCGUGCCUGCUCUUGGUCUCCCGACGAUGCGCACCUCGCAAUUGGGUGCACGGAUGCUACCAUCCACAUCCUCCAUGGCCGCACCUUCCAGGAGCUACGCCGAUUGCUCUUCGCCAACGCGCGAUGGCUGCUGUCUGUAGCGCCGGACGUUUCGCACGGCUGUCGUCUCUGGGACAUCGCGGCUGGCAAGUUACGCACAAUUCUCCGUGGACAUACCGCGUCUAUCACGACAGCAUCAUUCAAUCCUACCGGCACACGUCUCGCAACUGCGUCCAUGGACCACACCGUCCGUAUCUGGGACAUCGAGAGAGCGGCACCUUUGGCGGUCCUGCGAGGCCACACCGGUCCGGUUCUAGAUGUCGCGUUCUCGCCCGACGGUAAGUUCGUAUUGUCCGCCUCAGAGGACCGGACUGCGAAGGUAUGGCCCGCUUCGGGCGGACGAUGCACACACUCGUUCAAACACUUCAAUUGGGUGUACGCCGUCAGGUUCUCCUCCGACGGACGAUACAUUGCGACGGCAUCGUGGGAUCACACGGUGCGAUUGUUCAGAGCGAGCGACGGUGCACUGGUAAAGAGGCUUUGGGAGCACGCAGGCGCGCAUGUACGCCAUCUGGCCUUCUCUCCCGAUGGAGAGACGCUUUGGUCUGGAGCAGAUGAUGGGUCGGUGUCUGGGCGCCGACUCAGCAACAUCAUCGACGCAUGA